AGCGCCUGAAGAUCUACAAAAGCGCCCCGCGGCGUUAGCGCCGUAGUCUGGCGCCGAGCGCCGAACUACGUUUCCCAGCGGGCAGCGCGCGAGGCGGGGGUCUUUUCCUGUGCCUUGGAACUGUGGAAGCGGCGCGGCCACCGACGCUGCUAAGUGGACUACAUAAGAGUGUGAUUACCGAGCAGCAGAGAUUGUCAGGAUCUAUCUCGGAGACUUCCCACAUAGAAAGUACCACCCUCUGUUAGUUUGUUUUGAUGUCCAACAAAGAAUCUUGUGGAAAAGAAGAAAAGUCUCAGAGAAAUGGCAUCAUCUCAUCAUCCAUCUAUGAUGAAGACAAGAAUGAGAAAAAAGCCUCAUCGGGUUCUGCUAUUUGUGCUUACUCUGUAAGAUCAGUUUCAACACAGAAGAGAAAACUGAAAUCAGAUCAUACAGACAUUCUAUACUCCAAUACAAAAAGAAGGCAAGAACUAAAAAGAUUGAAUGUAGAAAUUGACAUGUCCAGGAAGAGACCAAAAAUCAGUUCUUCAUCCCAAGGACCUAGUAAACUCCAAGAAGCAUCAUCUUCAACGAAUAAUCAAAUUAUUUCGCAGAGUACUUCAAAUGGAACUAAAAAAUUGAAGAGACUUAAAGAGAUUAAAUUUAUAAAUGUUACAAGUAAGCUUGACCAUGGAAUUAAAUGCCUUACCGAUCCUGAAACUUUAAAAGACACGAAAUCUAAAAUGGAAGACCAACCAAGGGCAAAGGAAUGGUCUCAUCUGCUUGCUCAGACAGAGAAGAUGAAAGAACUCAAGAGAGGAAGAAACAAAUUUAGAGAUAGUUCUGAAAAAUGUAAACAUAAGAAAAAUCAAUUUUCUCAAGAUUGUGAUUCUAAUAAGAUUAUUCAUGAACCCUUUGACUCUAGAACGAGCAAGAUCAGCUUCAAAAUCCCAGUAAAAUCCUGUAAUACCCUCCAGAAGCUCGUAGAAGAAAAUGUCUUCAAUUUAGCUUCUAAUAAGGUAAAGACUAAACAAGAAGCGAGAGGAUUCCCCGAAGGCUCCCAGGUUUCAUUAAAUUUGACCAGGCAUAAAGCUGAACGUUUACUUUUAGAUUCCACAUAUAAACAGACUCUUUGUGAACAAAAAAGAAAAAAUCUUGAGCAUCAAGAAAGUAAUGAUUCAAGUUCUAAGGAAAACCUUACUCAGAGUUUUGAAGCACCGUGUUCUUCAGUGUCACCUGAAAGUAUUCAAGAUACUGAUCAAGAGAUGCAGAUAGUAGAAGAGCUUCAUGCUGCACGUGUGGGAAAAAGCAUGGAUUUACCUGUGGUUCCACCUUCUGGGGAGUUAAUGAGUAUGGAAAUUGAUGUGGUGGAAGAUGAUGUACAUUCUUCUGCUGGUAUACCUUCAAAUACUGUUUCAGACAAAAAGCUUCUUCUAAUUGUUGUUGACACAAAUAUUCUGAUGAAUCAUCUCAAAUUUGUUAGAACUUUGAAGGCAACAGAAAUAUCAGGUUUUGACAGACUUGUGUUAAUAAUUCCUUGGAUUGUUGUGCAAGAGUUAGAUCGAAUGAAGGCAGGAAAACUACUGAAACAUGCCCAGCACAAAGCUGUACCUGCAGUUCGUUUCAUCAAUGACAGUCUCAAAAACCAAGAUAAAAAGCUAUGGGGUCAAUCAAUACAACUUGCUUCUCAAAAACUUUAUGGACUGAGUGAUGAGAACAAUGAUGAUCGAGUAUUAAAAUGCUGUCUUCAGUACCAGGAAUUAUUCGCCAAUUCUUUUGUAAUUCUGUGCACGGAUGAUAGAAAUUUAAGAAGCAAAGGCCUUAUAAGUGGUGUAAAAUCACUCAGUAAAGAAGAAUUGAGUGCAGAGUUAUUAACCUUAUCUCUGAACACAGAUGUGUGUCAUCAGCCUUGUAUUUCUAAGCAACAGUUGAAAGCAGAAGCAAAGCCUGAAGAGACCUCCGAGGAAAAAUCUACAGACUCUGGAUUGUCCAUUGUACUUGAACACAUUAUAUCUGAUCUUGAAAGAUCUCUUGGAACAGCUUUAUCUUCUAUAUUAGAAACAGAAAUGAAAAUUGCUUUUGGGAACCUUUGGAUGGAGAUGCUGUACUUGAAACCACCAUGGACUCUAAUACAUUUGUUACAGUGUUUUAAAAAACAUUGGUUGGCUGUAUUUGGAUUAGUUAUGGAAAAGAACUUACUUUUAACUGUUGAGAGCCUAUAUGAAAAUCUUUGUAAAGCUAAUAAUGCAGUAGACUUUACAACAGUGAAAUUCUUGCUUCAAGAUUCUAAAAGCUUGUUACAUGCUUUCAGUGUAAGAUCAAAUUAUGAUGGUAUUCUUCCACAGGCCUUUGCUCAAGUAAGCAGACUACUACAGACAUUUGCAGAGGUCAAGGCAAAACUUAAGCCAAAUUCUUCGGAAAACGCAAUGAGUAAAACGCAGGAAGACACUCCUGUGGUGAAGCCUCAUAACCAAGAAAUCACUGUUUCCUCCACCUCUCAUCUUCCUCAACCCAGCAGGCAUCAAGAAAUCUGGUCUGUCCUAGAGAAUGUUUGGAUUACAAUAUAUCAGAACAGCACAGAUGUGUUUCAAAGACUGAACUCAGAUUCGGCUCUGACUGCUUCAAAAAUAGCAUCAUUUGAAGAAGCAUUUAUGUAUCUUCAAAAGUUAAUGGCAGCUGUGAAAGAUAUUCUUGAAGGAAUCCAGAGGAUUUUGGCCCCUAACAGUAAUUAUCAAGAUAUUGAGACCCUCUAUAACUUCCUAAUCAAGUAUCAGGUAAAUAAACAUGUUGAAUUUACUGCCCAGGAACUCUAUGAUUGUGUUUCUCAGACUGAGUAUCGGGAAAAGUUAACCAUCGGAUGCCGCCAGCUGGUUGAGAUGCAAUACACCAUGCAGCAGUGCAACGCAUCUGUCUGCAUGGGGGCCAGAAACAGGGAGUGGAUGGCGUGAUGACACGUUCAACUGUGGGACCCAAGUGGUGUGUAACUUCAGAGGAAUCACAUUCAUCUUCGCAACUUCAGAGGCAUUUGUCUUCAUAAGCAGCAGAGUAACUUUUGACCUGGUCACUUUUUUAAGCCAAACCCAAGAGAAGUUUAAGAAAUACUUCCUAGGUACAAAAAAGUGAUUGUGGUACUGACAAUCUCAUUGAAGCUCUAAAACACCUAAUGUAUGUCUUGUGGAAUAAACUGUGCACCCAGUUUUCCUGGGGUUAAUAGUACCUGUGUACCUUUCUACCUUUAUCCUGGUUCCAAGCCGGUAUGUUCAAGGAAAAGAGAGCCAUCUCCCUCGUCCUCGUAGGCAGGAGCCACGGUGGCACGCGAGGAAGGCGCAGGGUAUGGUAUUAGCGUCUUACCCAGUCCCAAAUAUGGGCAUGUGACCUGACACUGACAGACCCUAAGAAUUGGGACCUGGCCACGUGUUCACCACAUUCCACAAAUGAAAUCUUGUCUGAGUUGAUUUUUAUGCUGUUACCUAAUGUAGACCUGGUAGAAAAAACCACCAUCCCACUUCCCACAGAGUAAUGAAAGUAGAGUUUUGACUUCAGCUCCAACUUCCUAUAGAGCCUCUCCUCUAAGCUUGUAACUUUUCAGUACUUUCUAGUGGGGAAGAGCAGGUGAUCCGUGUGCCGAGUUGCCCUUAAAUGUGAAGGAGCCUGGGUUUUUGGAAUUAGGUGGCAGUGAUUGAUGUUUGCACCUAAUGAAAGACAAGUGUUUAAUUGACUUUGUAGUUGUACAGGAGGAAAUUCUUGUUUACUGAAAUGUAUUAGGCUUUUGUUAACAUCUAGAUAAAAUCAAACUUGGCUUUGUUAUGAAUGUUAAUUUAUUUUUUAAAAGCUCAAUAAAUAAUUUAUUUUCAAUAAGAUACUACUUUUCAUUUUUCUUCCAAAUAGUGUUCUGAAAUGUAUAUAAGGUAUGGUUAUAAAAGUGACCUCCAAUAAAGUGAACUGAUUCAGGA